CCUUGCUGCCGCUGGAACAGCUGCGGUGGUCCUGGGAGCGGCUGUCAGGCAGCGGGUGCUGUGUGUCUGGGUUUGUGGAGUAGGCAGCCAUGAGGCGGUGGACACUCCUUCUCUUGCCGGUGCUCCUUGCCGUCCUGAUCUCCGUCAGAGGCCAAGAUGACUUCUCCUUAGAAGAUGCACUUUUGGAAGGAAAUACAAAGAAGCCUCCUGUAACUCAGAAGACACCAUCAUCAGAUCCAGAUGAUUUUGACUUACUCCAUGCUCUUGAUUCUGAUGAUCCCAAGCCACAACCUCCUGCAAAUCCUAGAGACACUGAUAACCCCAAGCGAGAUCGACCUAAAGGCUCUGACACAUUUGAUGAUUCUGAUCUACUGGAUGGCAAUUCCCCAAAAGGAGGAAGUGAUGGCAGUGGCAGCAAUGAGAGAAAGGGCCCAACUCCAAAAACUGGCCAAGAAGAGGCUUCUCCAGGAGCAAUAGCUGGAAUUGUAAGUGCUGUGGGUGCUGCUCUAAUUGGAACAGUAUCUAGCUUCAUUGCUUACCAGAAGAAGAAACUCUGUUUCAAGCAAAGUGCAGAUGAAGAGAAUGUGAAUAUGGAAAGCCAUAGGGGAGCACAAUCUGAGCCACCUGUUCAGCGCACACUUCUGGAGAACUAAAUUUAAAGAAAGAGUGGUGAGGAACAGAUCUUUGGAACUGGAUAAACAACCUGCAUUCUGCCAAAAAAAAAACAAACAAAAAAAACAAACAAAAAAAAAAGAAAGAAACUAAAAAGCAUAAUAUGAACAGCAGAGCCUGCUGAAGUUUCAUGAGAAAACAGCUCUAGUUUGAAACACCUCUGGGACUGUGACUUAGACCUGAGUAACUCUGUCUGGUUAGCCCUGUGAAGCAUUGUUGCACGCCAGUACAUGGCCUUAAUGACAGGAGUAUAGAAGUAUGUUGUGCCUUUACAUCUUUCCUUGACUCCUCUGACAAAUGGGUGUUUGGCAAGUGCAUUCAGUGUGUUUAACUUUUCCUUACCUCUCCAAAACCAAUAUGCAGUUAUGUUUUUUGUUAUGUUACUGCUCUCAGACAAUACAAAUAUUUUUUAAAUAACCUGUACUCAGUGAGUGGACCAACCAACCAACCUGGAGUAUGUUGUGGGCAUCUGAAAGCAAGCGGCUCACUGUGUAUGGAUGGUGGAUCUGGGUGUGGGUGCUGCUGAUCCAAUCUGUGUAGCUGCCUGGGCCAGCUGCCAGGGAAGAGAUGCUUGUGCUUGAGCAUUCAGGAGACAAAAAUUCUGUUUUGUAUUUAGAUUUUUUUUCAUUGCAUCUGUCUGGUACAGAUUGAGAAAACCCAAUGCACACCAAGCCUUCACCCUUUCUGGCUCUUCCUGCUUAGCAAGUACGGAGCUGGUCAGUUGUGGAAAAGCCUGCUGUGCAGAUCAGAAGCAUAAUUGGACUUUCUGGUGACAUUGAUGUUUUGCAUUGUCUAAACAGUUGUGGAUAGAGUACUUGGGGGUGGGAAUUAUCUGCAGACUUCCAUAGCCAAAAGCUUAAGGGAAAAUAGUGUUGAAUUCAGAAGGCUUAUCAUACCUGUGUAAGGGACAGAAACAGUACCACAGUUCCAAACUACAGCAAGUCUGACUAGAACAAGCCAACCUCACUCCACAGGCAUCCACUGAACAGUAGAAAUAACAAACAUGUGAGAAGUGCUUUUGGACUUGUGAAGGAUUCCCCUAGGAUGAUCACCUAUGGUUUCAUCCUCCUCUGAAAGCACUUGUUGCCUGUGCUGUGGCUCUCAAAAGCAACAGGAAGGUUUCAAGGAUCUGUGGAAAUAUGGAAAACUACAACUCACAACAGCUAAAGGACUAAAUCUGUAAUAAUAAUUAGUUUUGUCAGGAAGGAAUGGUCUGACCAGUUUGAUUUUCUUUCAUUCUAAUUGCUUUAAAUUUUUAUGCAGUUCUUCUAUAUGUGUCUUAUUAAUGGGCUUCAGCCACCUGACGAAGUUCUACAGGAAGAUGACAUUUCAUGGAACAUCUUAGAACUUAGAAAUUAAUGAAUUUGGAUAUUAAACCUGUAAAUAUAUCUGUACAUUCAAAUAUGAAUGUAUGCCAAGGAUAAUUCAUUUAAGAAUUUCUUGUACAUGUUUCUUAGCUUGCAACAAAGCUUUACACAAUUUUUAGUAUUUUCUUAUGGAUUUAAUUUGUAAGUCCCUUUUUUUGCCCCAGGUCUGCUUUUAGUAUAAAAUGCUAAAGCCUUUAAGUGUGUUUCAGAGUGCAAAAGUGAUUCCUACAUAAACAUUUGAUUUAUGUAAAUAAAAAGAAAAGAAAUGUACUGCUUGCCUACAUGAAUAAACAGAUAUAUCUAUGCCAA